AAACUGUAACUGUAUCUAUAUACAGGUAUUUUUGUUUAUUCACUAAAAGCACUUUUUUUUUUAAUUUCGAAUGUAAACAUACUGUAAAGUAAAGAUACUGGAGGGCCAUAUCUUUAAAAACUAUAAUUUUUCCUUUUUCUUCAACUCCAUGAAUUUCUGGUACUGUGUGAGUGCAGCAGCACUCGUCAUUGCUGGUUCAUACAUAAUAUGGGGUCCAUCAAAUCGACCUAAGCGGAAAAAGAAAGGUGUUAUACCUGGAAUGCAAAACUUGGGGAACUCUUGCUUUUUGAAUGCUGUAUUGCAAGCUUUAUCUGCAUGUCCUUCAGUGUUAUCCUGGCUUCUUCAGGUCGUUGAUUAUUCUACUGAAUCUCAACAAAGUGACAAGUGUGUUCUUACCAAAGCACUCCUUUCUGUACUUUCAGCUUUAAAUGAGAAUAAUGAUGACUGCAGUGGAGCUGAAGUUAUAAAAGCCUUACGAUCACAUCGAUGGAUUAUCUCUAAUGAGGAACAAGAUGCACAUGAGCUUUUUCAUGUUUUGACAACAACUAUUGAAGAAGAAGCAUUAGCUCUUAAACCUGUGUUAUCUCUUCUGGAUACUAAAAAGCUGGAGGCUGAAAGUGAAAGUGUUGCUGAGGAGCACCGGAAUUCAUUUAUUUCAUCUAUGAAAGCUCUACCAAUGAAGAUUGCCUCUCCCAUGCGGGGUCUAUUAGUGAAUGAACUUAAAUGUAAUUCAUGCCAUUAUAAGUAUCCUGCCAGAUAUGAUACAUUUGACAGUAUAUCCCUAGUGAUUCCUACGCCUAAUUCUGGAGAAGUUACUCUUCAAGAUUUAUUGUUGAAAUUUAUAUCUUGUGAGCUUGUUCAGGAUGCAGUCUGUGAUGGAUGCUCCAAACAAGAGGGUGAUAGUAGUAGUAGCUCUGAUCCAAAGGAAAAAGAGAAAACUACUUUUAACAAACAACUCAGUUUUGGGAAACUACCAAAAUGUUUGUGCAUUCAUGUCCAAAGAACUAUUUGGUUAAAUAAUGGCAUUCCGGUCAAGUGUUUUGAUUAUGUGUCAUUUCCCAGAUUGCUGGCUAUGGACUACUUUGUCCACUCCCAUAGGCGUAAAGAUAAGCAAUUAGGAGCUAAUUUUACAAGAUCUCGAUUAACUGGUGGAAAUUCCUCAAGAAAUGAUCAAACUUCAUCAACGAGUAACAGUAAUCCAAUAGCUCAAAAGAUACUGCAGGUUACCUCUGAUAUUACUUUGCCUAUGAAUAAAGUUCUUCCAUUUAAUUUAGAAGAUUGCCUGUGUUCCUACAACUAUGUUUAUCUAUUAAAAGCUGUGAUUGUGCAUCAAGGCGAUACGUCAUCUGGUCAUUUUAUCGCCUAUAGGCGGCUAGCCAUAGACAGUGAGAAUGAGAAGUGGUUUUGCAUUUCAGAUCUAGAUGUGAAAGAAGUGUCAUUUGAAGAAGUUUCUCGAUCGAGUGCUUACAUGCUCUUUUAUGAGAAAAUGGAGUAACUCAAACAGUGUGCUAUUUAUGACAGGUUUUAAUAGAAGGUUUUUAAUUUAAUUGCUUUUAUGACCGGAGAUAAAAGCAUAUUUUUGAUGUCAGAGGAAUAUGCUUUCUUUGUAUGGUUGUUUUCUAUUGUUUUUAAAAUUAAUAAAAUAAUUUAUUUUUUUAAGUCUUAAAGGAAUAGUUUUAUUUUCUCAUCAGAAUUAAGUCAGUGAACCCUUUGCAGAUCAACUUAUAACUCAGAACUAGUGUUUAUUUAAUGAUAUUCAUUAUAGCUUUUUGAUUUGUUCUGAAAAAUAGAAAUAUAGAACUAAUUUUAAUUGGAAAAUUUCAGAAUCAAUCUUUGAGAGAUUAACAUUAAAUUCUGCAUAAACUAUCCGUAUUUAAUUAGAUUUCUAUUACCAGUAUUAUUAAAGUUAUUCAUAAAGUUUUGUAUUUAGAGUUAUUUAUAUUUAAAGUCAAAUCAGUAAUAUCAAUUGACUUAUAAAAAUGUCGGAUUUUGAUUGUGGUUAAUAACCUUUCACCCACUCUUUCACCCCCCACCCACCCAAAAAAAACAUGUAAGCCUAGGUUUGUGGGUUAGUUAGAAACCUGCUUAUUAUAUUGCAAAGCUAGUAUUUUUAGUGUUUUUCAAAAUGUUCUAUUUUAUAAAGCAUGUAAUUUAAAAUUACUUUUGAAAUAAGGAUGUAAUAAAUCACUAUUUUUUGACUAACUUUGUGCCAAUACUAGUAGAUUAGUUUUGUAUUGUACAAACUUGAACAUUUUCAAUGUUGGCAAAAUGAGCAAAAAUUAUUUGUGGGUUAAACAUUGUUUUCUUACUAUUUUGAUAUAUUUAAAAAGAACAAAAUGUAAACUCUUUAAUUUUGUUUUUUAAAAGAAAAAUGUUGUUAUUUCUAUGGUUGUUUUUAGAAUUACUCUAUUUAAACAAAUAUUACUUAUAUAAGCUACUCUAUCCAAUGUGUAUAAUAAUACUUAACUUAUUUUUGUAAUUGUUGGUGGCAGUAAUCUUUAUGCACAAUUAAAUUUAUACAUGCAGUGCAUUUGUAUCUUUUGUGAAUAUGAUUUGUGAUAUAUUUAUUAUGAUAUGAACAUAGAAAAAUAUGUGCACUUAUAAGCAUUUCUAGUUUUAUCUUGAUUUUUUGUAAUUUAUUUGUUUUGUAUGAGUUUUUAUUUUUUAUUCUACUAAGGAGCUCUGACCAAUGCUCGCUGUUGCUUGCCAAUCCUCAGAACUGCUUAGGUAGUUAAUUUCAGAUUGCUUCACUCUUUUUGACUUUGUUUAAUAUCUCAGUUUUUAUACUUUAUUUUUAAUACAUUAAAUGCUAGGUUUCCAGCUUCCUAUUUCCAGCCAAGCUUUGGAAUUACUCAUUCAGUUCUUUUCAGAUAGCCUCACUCUCUCAUUUCACCCGUCUUAGUUGGACAGUUUGUUGAUUAAGUGGCAGAAAAUAAAAUCAGUCAUUAAAAAAAGGCUAAUUUCAUAUUUAUAUACUCUAUAAAUAAAUCUUAAUUUAAACAUAUUUAUAAAUUGGGUACAUUUAUAACUUAACAAUUACAUGGCUGCAAAAAAUUCUAAUUUUUAAAAAAGCAUUCGCUAAAUUGAACUACACAG